AUGAAGGCCGCUCUCGUAUCCGCGCUUGUGCUGCUAGCCAGCUGUGCCUCCGCUCACAUGGCCAUCACCUACCCGCCGCCUUUGCGAUCCAAGGAGAACCCCAACAACGGCGGCGAUAUCGACUACAGCAUCACCAGUCCCCUGAGCGCUUCCGGCAGCGACUUCCCCUGCAAGGGCACCUUGAACCUUCUUGGUACCCCUAAGGCCGCUCCCGUUGCCACUUGGCAGGCCGGCCAGGUUUACAACAUGACCAUCGCCGGCGGUGCCAACCACAAUGGCGGUAGUUGCCAGGCCUCUCUGUCCUUCGACAACGGCAAGACCUUCACUGUCAUCCACAGCUACAUCGGUAACUGCCCCGUCGCUGGCACCUCGUCUCUCAAGUUCACCUUGCCCGCCGACACCCCUUCUGCCCAGGAUGCCCUCUUCGCCUGGACCUGGUUCAACAACGUCGGUAACCGAGAGUUCUACAUGAACUGCGCUGUCAUCACGAUCACCGGCGGUGGCGCCGGAGGCAGCACUACCACCGCCUUCAGUAGCCGCCCCCAAAUCUUCAAGGCCAACAUCGCCAACGGCUGCAGCACCCUCGAAGGAUCUGAUGUCAUGUUCCCCGACCCUGGCCCGGAUGUCACCACGGCUGGCACCAAGACUGCCGCCCCUGUCGGCAACUGUGGUGCAGUCGUCGCCCCUAACCCCGGCACUGGCGGUGGCAGCAACAGUGCUCCCAGCAGCUCGAAGCCCGUCGACGCUCCUGCUUCGUCUGCUCCCCCGGCUCCCCAGCCCAGCACUCCGACCACCACUAGUCCUGCUGCUGGAGGCGCAUCAUCUCUCCCUGGCGGUGUCUUCAUCACGGUACCGGCCUUCAGCAACACCUCUGCUGCCUCGUCCGUUCAGCCAACCACCCUCGCUACCGUCAGCCAGCCUGCUGCGCCUAGUGAUGUAUGCACCUCAGAGCUUGAGGCCUCCACGGCGGCGCCCGCUCCCACCUCGGCAGUCGUUCCCUCUGUCGCUCCGUCCGCUGCUCCGUCCGCCGCGCCCUCUCCCGGCGCUGGAUCCGGUGGCGAUGCCGCUGACGGCUCCAUGACCCCUGGCAAGGCUUGUACCCCCGAGGGUCAGUGGAACUGCGUCUCCGGUAGCCAUUUCCAGCGCUGUGCCUCUGGCCAGUGGUCGGUGCUCAUGAGUAUGGCUCCUGGCACCAAGUGCCAGUCUGGCACAACCGAAGUCUUGGUUUGGCAGAAGAAGAGAGCUCACGGUCGCCGAUCGCUCCGCUUCAGACACCACAUCUAA